GACAUUGCGCGAAAUGCGGAAGUACGUGUAGCGGAACACGUGAGAAGUGUAUAGGGGUUUGUUUAUUUAUUUAAUUUGUAUUUUUUUGGUCUUUUUUUUUUUUUUUAAACGAAGAUGAAGCGAACAAAAAGAGAAAGCCGAGAGGAUUUCGACGCGGAUCGGGAUUUUCUGGAUCAGGUUCUGAACAAGCUGUACGAUUUUGGAGAUGGACCAGACGACAAGCGCUCAAAGAAAGCGCACAAAAAGAGGAAACGCAUCAUGCAGGAAGACGAGGAGGACGUGCCGGCGCAAGAAGACGAUUCGGAUCAGAUCGACGGCGAAACCGACGCCGCCAGCGACGGAAGGGUCUCCGCCUCGACGUCGGCCGCCUCCGGGGCUUUAGAAAGGAAAACGCCGCGUGUGGAGAUCGUCACGUUUCAGGAUCCGCUCAAGAAGAACACGUUAAAACGGCCGGUCGAACCAGACACCAGGCCAGCUGAAGGGAAGGAGAAAAAGAAAACGGAACCCGAUGUUCUAAGCAUGGAAAAGGCCCGGCUGGACGUCCACCGGUUCGGCAUCACGGGAUUCCAGAAGCAACAGCAGAGAGUUUUCGAGCAGGACAGAGCCAUCAUGCUGGGAGCCAGGCCUCCGAAGAAGGACUACGUCAAUUAUAAAGCGUACCAGCAAAUGAUAAAGGACAAAAAGUCGAAAGAAAAGGAAGAGGAGGCCAAAUCGGACGCGCAGAAAAAGAAGAAGAAAUGGUCCGGAAAGCAGAAGAACGUGAAGCGCAAAUCCGGUCCCUCCGGCGCAGACCCGACGGGACACGUGGGCCGCUUCAAGAACGGCAUGCUGGUCCUGAGCUCGAAGGACAUUCAGAAAUUAAACCGCAAAGUGAGAAAGUGAGCGAGAGAGAGCAAGAGAGAGAGGAAUUUUGCUGCUUAAACAGGACUGAGACGGAUCUCCACCACGAAAUCGAAACCGAUGUCGUGCAGUGCAUUAUGGGUAGACGUGAACCAUACAGCGAGAACUAUCACGAUGCUUGCUAUUUAAACCCGCCGAUACUUGAUGUCGUCAUUUCAGGAUAUCGAUACAUGAUGUAUACAUUUCCCAGACUUAAAGUGAGUGUCGUGUUUUGUGUGAGACAUAAAGAAUGAAGAAUGAAACCCCCGACACGCGCUUUGCUCAUCACAGUUUUUACUCAUUUAUGAAAAAAGAGAGAGAAAAAGAGAGAGAGAGAGAGGGUGGGGGGAGGAGGAAAAAAGUGACGUUCGUAUGACACGCUAUAAUUACAACGCAGCCGUAAUGCGAUGUACAAAACCACACGGAGGUACAAAAACGUUCACAUUGGCAGGAGUAGAAGAAGAAAGAAAAAAAACGAACGAAAAGCGAAAGACUCACGGCACAGCAUUUAAAACACUCGGAGGGUUCGGCUCGAGGGAUCGGUCGCGAUUGACUUCUUCUGUGGCGUGUUUUUUUUUUUUUUUUUUUUUUUUUU